AUGGGCGCCGACGGUGGCUCAAUCCCAGACAGGCGCGACCUCGUCAAGACCAAGGGAAAGGCGGAGCAAACAGACAAGGCCCUCAGGCGCGAGCGCUUCUUCCUAUGCGCCCUCAGCAAGAAGCCACUCACAAAACCGGUCGUCGCCGACCCACUUGGCAAGCUGUACAACAAGGACGCGGUCCUCGAGUACCUGUUAGACAAGUCGGCUUAUGGAGAUGGCGAAGAGAUCUGUCGUUACAUCAAGGGAGUGAAGGUGGGUAAACUAUGUGGGCGCGACCGUGCUAACCCUCAGGACCUCCUCACACUUAAUGUGAUGCCCAACCCAAACCGCGACGAGGAUGCCGAUGCGACGUCCGCCUCACGUGCCCCAUUCGUUUGCUGGCUCAGUCUCAAGGAGAUGACCGGUGCUGUUCCAUUCAUUGCUAUCCGUUCGUGCGGCUGCGUGUUCUCCGAGGCGGCCAUCCGCGCUGUCGUCCCCAACCUCGGUGCCGGCGGCAGCAAGGACGAAGGCGCAGACAGUGCCGCCCCUUGCCCGAACUGCACCAAGCCGUUCAACCCCACCUCUCGCACCGCUGUCCUUCCCAUCAACCCCAACCCAGAUGUCCAAGACGCGCUCCUCGAGGCUCUCCUCGCUGGACGCGCUGCGGCCAAGGCGAACAAGAAACGCAAGGCCGCUAGCAGUGAAGUCAAGAAGGAGGGCAAGGACGGUAAAGAGGUCUCUUCUAAGGCUGCCCGUACUGGCUCCGACUCGCCUGCACCAGGUUCAAAGCCCAACUCAAAGGGUGUGGCCAAGCCCUCGGCCUCGGUCGCCCCCAGUACAGUCGGUCGUUCCGUCCAGGACAAGCUGGCUGAGCAGGAGAAGAAGCGCAUCGCCGCGCAGGCUGGUAUGAGUGAUGCGGUCAAGGCCAUGUUCCGUUCCAAGAAUGGUGAUGCCAAGGAGGACGCUGUGGAUUCGUUCUUUGGACGCACGUUCAACAGGUACGCUGCGUGA